GCUUGAGGAGCCGCGUGGAAACUAGACGGACCCGAGCAACACGUCGUCCACAUUGCCGGGGAACCAUGAAGUCUCCCAAAGUGGCGCGCCAAGCCGAGCCGGUGGCGGACGCGGGCGACCUGGACGACGCGCUGGGCGAGUUCGACGCCGUGAUCGAGGACUUCACGUCCCCGCUGGAGAAGCGCCACUUCCGCUACGACGAGCACCUGCGCACCGCCAAGAGGCGCAGCAGCAGCGGCGGCGCCAGCGACACCGACACCGACACCGACAGCGCCGACUGGCUGAACAGAACCAGUUUGAGCCUGAGCGACGAGAGGCUCCACUCGCCCAGCGCGAUGUCCCCAAAACGUCAGCGGCGCUCCUCAUGCUUCACGAUGCAUUCGGCCAAACUGGGCGACACCAAAGAACUGGAGGACUUCAUCGCAGACCUGGACAAGACAUUAGAGAGCAUGUGACGCGGGCGUCUGGCGGCCAUCUUGGAUGGUGGCCAUGAAACGGAGACGGAGGAGGAGUCCGCCGCGGCGCCCGCCCUCUGACUGAACCAGCGACCCUCCGGCUGCCCGACGCCUCCGGCUUGUCUUGCGGUCCCGUGCCGGAAUUCGCUUCGCACUUGGAAAACGUGCCGCUCAAACGUUUCGUGGACGACUGGACGUUUUAUCCACGCUGGAUUGUUAUGAUCGUCGUCAUCAUCAUCGAGAUUGUUUUUGUUGUCAUUGUUCAUAUUCAUAUAGAAUUCAAGUAGUAAAUAAUAUCAUGAAAUAAUAGUUGACGGAAAAAUGAAUAACCAACACGAUCGGUGAUAUCAGGGUUAUUUUUAAAUGUUACAUAAAUUGUAUAGAAAAAAAAAAAGAUAUAUAUAUUUUUUCUAUAUUUAUUUAUUUAGUUAGUCCUUGAGUUGAUUUUUGUCGUGGCGUUUUUUUUCCCGUCGGAGGGCCCCAUUAGAGAGAUUCCCGAACGUGCCAUCGGCUGUCAUCGGUCCGUAUCGACGUUGUCCGUCGAAGUAUCGAAAGCGGUGCCGUCGAUAUGGAUCUCGACGAUCUCAACUGUCUCUCGGGGUCCGAGUCGCCCGAGCUGCUGCGGCUUCUCGUAGUCGUAGCAGCGCUAGUAGCGCUCGUAGCGGUAGCAGUAGUCGUGCAUCUCGUGUUUCCCAGCAGUUUGUGUCAGCUCUUUCCCGGAAAAUGAAUAUAAUCGUAAUUAGAUUUGUUAUUUGAUUUGAUUUUUUCAUAUUUUAAAGUUAUUGCUCAUUUUUGUGAACAAUAUUUUUGUACCACGUAAAUAAUCUUAAAUGGUCUGAUUCAGUGAGUUAAAAGAAAGUUUAAAAAGACUAAUUCAAGACAGCUACUACUUGCCAGAGAUUAUAUUAAAGAAUGAUUCUUCUCAUAAAAUGUUUGUUCUCUUGAUUUUUACUUUAUUAAAGAAAACAUGCCACCUUGCAACACACCGUAACAUUUACUUUACAUCGGGUAAGAUUUUGGAAGUGAUGGUUGCAUUUUGUCCAGCGAGAUGUUGUACAACAAAUGGAUGAAGGUGUUUAUUC